GGCGGAGUCCCUGCAGAUCAGCUGCCGUGAUUCUGAUGCUUCGUUUCCACUCAGACUUCAUCCUGACCCAGCCGAACUGCGGUCCUCACGAUUCUGCAGAUUCCCGUCGUCAUGGCGUCCAGAACCAAAUGGGACGCAGUGAAGGAGCAAGUAACCAAAGGUUCUGACGACGACCCGGACGGAUCACUGGAGGCCAACCUGGAGAACGCCGACCCGGAGCUGUGCGUCCGCCUGCUUCAGGUUCCCACCGUGGUGAACUACUCAGGUCUGCGGCGGCGCCUGGAGAAGAGCGACAAGUCGUGGAUGGUCCAGUUCCUGGAGCUGCAGGGUUUGGACCUGCUGAUGGGGGCGCUGGAGCGGCUGUCGGGCCGCGGCUGCGCCCGCAUCCCCGACGCGCUGCUGCAGCUCACCUGCGUGUCGUGCAUCCGCAGCGUCAUGAACUCGUCCGCCGGACUCAACUUCAUCCUGGACAACGAGGAGGGAUACAUCCGGACCCUGGCCCAGGCGCUGGACACGUCCAACGUGAUGGUGAAGAUGCAGGUGUUUGAGCUGCUGGCGGCGCUCGCCCUCUUCGACCCCCAGGGCCGCCACCUGACCCUGGACGCCUUCGAGAACUACAAGGUUCUGAAGAAGCAGCAGUAUCGCUUCAGCGUCAUCAUGAACGAACUGCAGGCCACUGACUGCGUCCCCUACAUGGUCACCAUGAUGGCCGCCAUCAACGUCCUCAUCCUGGGACAGGAAGACCUGCGCAAGAGACACCGACUGAGACACGAGUUCAUUGGGCUGCAGCUGCUGGAUCUGCUCCCCAAGUUGAGAGAGACGGAGGACAUGGACCUCAACGUCCAGUGCGAUGCGUUCGUAGACUCUAUGGCGGACGACGAAGAAGAGAUGGAGAGACUGUACGGCGGGAUCGACAUGAGCAACCACCAGGAAGUCUUCAGUUCGCUCUUCACCAAGGUGUCCAGCUGUCCGUCCUCAGUCCAGCUGCUUUCCAUCCUUCAGGCCUUGUCGAUGCUGGACCCAAAGAGAAACGACAUCUGGCUGGCUCUGGAGGUGCUGACCGAUCGAGCCACGUUGCUGGCCCAGAACACUGAUUUAGGCCCCGGUGAUUCGCUGCUGGAUAGGCUCCUCCCCCAAAAAUAUCUGUCAUCCAAUAAGAAGGUCAGAACGGUGGACAGGGCGGUGCAGACCCCAACGCUCAGUUACCCUCCUGGCCAAUUAGAGCUGUUGGCAGAGAAACAGGCUCCGCCCCCUGGAGCUGGCUGUCCUCCACCUCCACCACCUUUACCAGCCAAUGGAGUUCCACUUCUUCUGCUUCCUCCUCCUCCACCUCCUCUUCCACCUCUUCUAUCUCCUCCUGCUCCACCUUUACCAGGCUUUGGAGCUCCGCCUCCACCACCUCCACCGCCUCCACCUUUACCAGGCUUUGGAGCUCCACCUCCACCGCCUCCACCACCUCCACCUUUACCUGGCAUGGGGAUCCCACCACCUCCACCACUACCAGGCACUGGACCUCCACCACCUCCACCUUUACCUGGCAUGGGGAUCCCACCACCUCCACCAAUGGAAAUGAUCGCCGCUCGUUCAGUCCAGACUUUAGGCAGCACCUAUUCUAGCCCUGCCCACCACUCAAGCCCCGCCCCCUGCCCCACCCUGCGGAUGAAGAAGCUGAACUGGCAGAAACUCCCGUCCAGAGUGGUAACUGAUCAUCAGUCUCUCUGGACGUCGUCAUCGUCAGAAUCGGUGGAACCGGAUUACUGCAGCAUCGAGCAGCUCUUCAGUCUGCCUCCAACUGAAACCAAAACCAGAACCAAGACCAGAACGGAGUCCAAAGAGAUUUCCUUCAUUGACCCCAAGAAAAGCCUGAACCUCAACAUCUUCCUGAAGCAGUUCAGAUGUUCCCAUGAGGAGUUUGUGUCUCUGAUCCAGAACGGAGACCGAUCCAAGUUCGAUGUGGAAAUCCUCAAACAGCUGAUCAAACUGCUUCCAGAGAAACACGAGAUAGAAAACCUGAAGUCCAACCAGGAAGACAGAGACAAGAUGGCGUCAGUGGAUCAGUUUUACCUGCAGCUGCUGAACGUGCCCAGCUACGCGCUGCGGAUCGAGUGCAUGCUGCUAUGUGAAGAGAGCAGCUGUGUGUUGGAGACUCUGAAACCCAAAGCUGAACUUCUGGACCGGGCCUGCCAAAGUGUCAGGGAAAGCUCCCGGCUGCCCAGCUUCUGCAAACUCAUCCUCAGCGUCGGGAACUUCCUCAACUACGGAACUCACACUGGGAACGCUGACGGCUUUAAAAUCGGCACUUUGCUCCGAUUGACUGAAACUAAAGCCAACAAGUCCAGGAUCACGCUGCUGCACCACAUCCUGGAGGAGGUGGAGGAGGACCAUCCUGACCUGCUCAACCUGCCUGAUGACCUGCACAUCUGUGAAAAGGCUUCUGGAGUGAACAUGGAGUCCAUCCAGUCUGAGUACUCCUCUCUGUCCAAACGGCUCAAAAGCUCUGAGAAGAAAGUUUCCUCUUCCUCUGAGGACAUAAAGGAGCAGUACCUGUCCACCAUCCAGGAGAGCCUGCAGGUGUGUGAGCAUCUGCAGAAGGUCAUGACCUCUGUGGAGGACAGGAGGCGGGACCUGGCGGACUACCUGUGCGAAGACGUCGGCACCUUUUCCCUCGACGACCUUUUUGGGACCAUCAAGACCUUCAGAGGGCUGUUCCUCAAAGCCUUCAAGGAGAACGAAAACUGGAGAGAGCUGGAAAAGAAAAGGAAGGAGAGAGAGGAGGAGAAGAAGGUCAAAGGAGACUCCGGCAGGAUGGUAAGGAGGGAGGUGAACCAGCAGGACGAAGGCUGCAUCAUUGACAACCUGAUGGCCGAGAUCCGGAAGGGCCACGCCCUGAAGAAGACCAGAACGCCGUCCCGCAGGGGUCAGCGCCGGGGGUCACUUCCUGUUUCUGCAGACACGGUGCACGCGCAUCCCGGGACCAUACGGAGGUCAAAGGCCGUUGAGGACCCAGACUCCACUCUUUCUAGCCAAUCACAGAAGACAUCUGGUAUGACUCCAAUCCAGGAAGUUCCGCCCUCCCAUCCAGGAAGUUCUGGCCAAUCAAAGAAGCCGUUGGAGGCGGUCCAAACUCCCGCCAUUUCCUCCACUUCCAACCAAUCUGCGACGGCCUCACCCUCUGGAACGAGUCCUGAUCCCGGGUCAGCAGAACCACCAAAGAACCAGAACCCACAAACACCUGCAGAGGAGACCAGGCGCAGGCGUCAGGAGUCUUUGGAGGACUCGGGUCUGGAAACCCAAGGUUCCUCAGGACUGAAGGGAGUCCAGCCCGGCGCAGAGCGUCCGGCACCAAGCAGAGACCGGAGCAGCCUGAGCGUGGCGGAUGGGUCGGACUUUGAGUACAUCACCUCGUCAGAAGUGAGAGGAAUCGGACCGGAGAGCGGCGAAGGUCCCAGCAGAACGCACCAGAUCCGACCAAAAGGGAUUCCUGGUUCUGCUGCGUAUCUUAAUCAGAGUGGACCGGACCAAACCUGCCAGAACCAAACGGUUCUGUUCAUCCACAAACCGACCAAUCAGAUCGUCCCUUCUUGUUGCAGGACUCCGUGACUGCAUCAGAUCCCAAAGCCCCAAGCAGAAGACAGGAUGUGUUGUACAGUGAGGUGAGUCCAGGUGAGCGGAGGAGGACAGGUCUCCAUGGCAACAGGAUUGUGUCCAGGAAAGAGAUCUGAAAUUGAAUAAAAACUGUAAAUGGAGAGCAGAGAGUAGGGUUUCUGGUUUCUGGUUCGGUUAGCGUUGGUGUGCUAGUGCAGGUUACCUGAGCAGCCAGGUGAGCGGAUGUGGGCGGAGCCUCCGAUUUCACCUGGUUUCAUUGGUUGAAGAUCCGAUCUCAGAUCAGGGGAUUCUGGGUAAAAUCAGCCAGUAAAAGUUGAACUCAGUCAAGUGAUGAAACAGCAUUUACAGCAUUUAACUUCCUGUCCUGCAGCCUGUCACAAUAAAACUCCGCCUGACGCUUUGUUAAAUCUGCAGGAUUUUCACAUUCCUCUGAAAUUUUUACGCUACAAAGACACAAAAUUAAAUAUUAAAUUUGUUGAAACAGUAAAUAAAUAUUUAUAUAAUCUUUGCAUUAAA